UCCACAUGACUCACAGGACCAGACAAAAGGGAGAGCUGAUAGUCUGUCAAGUAUUACAAAAGAAACUAGUACACAUUCUUAAAACAAAAGAAUUGCAAAAGAUUUACAAAUAAUUAUUUCCAUAAACAAGCUCAACUAAAAAAUGGGGAAAAUAAUUCCUGCGUUUUCAUUGCUGCUUGUCAUGCUGGGUGUGGUUUCAGCUCAAACAGAUGGUGUACAGAGAGGGAUCCCAAACUGGCUUACUGGAAUACUGGCAGUGGCUGUUUUCCUGUUCCUGGUCUUUGUUGCUUUUAUUGUAAACAAAGCCUGGUGCACCGAGCGCAGACCAGACAAUGAGAUGGCUGAGACAUCAACUGACUAUGGGAUGACUAAUGGGUGUACAUACGACACCGUCAUUAAUGUGGCCCGGACUGACGAAGAUGAGAAUGUCUACAUGAACACAACUGAAGGCGCUGAGGAGAAAGUUACAGCCAUGUGAUGGUCUUUAAAAUACUUCAAAUUAGCAUUUAAUUAAAUCCCCCUGUAAUUAACUUUUGUGUGUGUGUGUGUGUGUGUGUGUGUGUGUGUGUGUGUGUGUGUGUGUGUGUGUGUGUGUGUGUGUGUGUGUGUGUGUGCGCGCGUGUGCGCGCAUGAGUGAUUGAGAGAGAGUAUGACUAUUUGACUAUGGAUGAUAUCUUUUAAUGCAAGCGUAACCCUUGCCUUUUGACUCUUCAUACAUCAUGAAUGGAUCGGCAACUUUUAAUGUGAGUCAAUAAAACUAACUUCAUGACAAUGUUAUGUGUACAUAGACAUCACAUGUAUUGUUUAUAUGACAUUUUUAGAUAAAUUAAAACAUAUUUGUCAUCCAAGAUCUGAAUCUUUGUAUAGACCCUGACUCUCAGUGAUCCAUUUUUCUUGGGAUACAUUGUGUUUAGGUAAAGAUUUUCCCAGUUUAUGGCUUCUUCAGCUGGUCUGAAUGU